AUGCGCAUCACAGCUAACCCAAACCCCGCUGUUCAGUCCUCCUCGGUACGCUCAUCUUCUCUCUCCUCCUCUACUACCUUACUUCAACAACUAUCCCAGUCUACUGGUUUCGCAACUUUCCUCCAAUCUCUAAACAGCAAUCCGUCCACUCGCUACGAUAAUAUCGAUAAUAUAUUGAACAAUCGAUUGUUACAGCACUCAGGUAGUGUCAAUAGAAUGAGUAGUAGAAGUGGGUCUACCAGUCUACAUAGACGAAAUUCCAUACGUGAUCACAGAGGAGCAAGGAGGAAACUCAGAUCUCUUAUGGGUACAUCAGGUGAAUUCCCUUUGACAUUUGACGUGCUAGAUUGUGAUGGUGGAUGUUUCAGUUCAAGAUAUAAUGUGGAGAACAUACUAAGGCAAGAUAGCUCUGUGUACUGUUCGUCAAAGAGCACCAACAUCAAUAUUAGGUUGAAAUUUAACGACAGACACAGAGGCGUUUCUGAUGCGACCUUUAUUCUCACAAAGAUCAUUGUAAAAGCGCCACAACAAGGUUAUACCGCACCAUGUAAAGAAGGCUUAAUUUUUGUAUCACAUGAACCGAUAUCAGUUGAAGCAACGGAACGUUAUGAUGAUUUCACUGAAGCAAAAUACAAGGAAUUACUUGCAAGUGGUGAUGGUUAUAUUGAUGAUUCAUGGCCCGCUGCAUAUUUUUGUAUAGAUUCAUCGACAUCGUUGUUUGAGCAGGCGAUAACACCCAAUAGAUCAGGGAAAUUCGUCCUUGUAAAACUCCUCAGGGCAGAUGGUGAUGCAAACAAUAUUGACCUUCAAUAUCUUGGGCUUAUUGGGGCAACUGGGCCAAGAUCAUUUGAUGCUGGCUCAUUUAGGUGA